AUUUAGAGCAAGGAGAAAGAUAAGGAAACAGAGACAAAGCAGUUUUAUUUUCAAGGAAGGAUCUCAUGGUUAUUUGGAAGCACACAGCAGCUACAAGCUGUCUUCUGGGCUCCAGCUUUGAUUACAAAUUUAAGACUAGGUAUCAGCUUCAAUACAUGUCAGGAUUUUUAUGCAGCUACAGGCAAUGAGAGGAUGAUGGAAGGAACAGAUGCCUAGACAUGCAAUUCUCCGGACCAGGGUAAAGUGCAGCUACACAUAAAAGAAGAAUGGGACUUGGUUUGUGGAGUUUUGGCUGUCAUCUUGUCCUUUUUUUUUUUUUACUUCACUCCAUGUUGCUGCUGUGGCAGACAUACCAAAUGGUUGCAAAACAUGUAAUUUAGAGUGGAGAAUCUAAAAGUGAGACUUCUGGUACAUUAUAAGUAUUCGAAAGAAAAUAACAAAUUGGAGAGAAGUGAGGAAUGGAAGCAAAGAAGAAAACAAGCUGCAACAAAGACUUCACAUACCUGUGUAAGAAGUUGAGCUCAACUUGAAGACUUCAUGUGACUUCCACGCUAACCAUGGCAAUGUGCAGUCAACUCUCAUUAUAGGAGUGUAUUAUGUUCUCAGAAUUUCCAAGAGAUCAAUCACAAUGCUAAUUAUUCUUAUGCUAGCAGUCACUUUAAAGAGAAUUGUGUCAUAUUCUAUAUAAUGGAAUCUUUUUUAGCAUAACAACUUCUAAUGCUUAGUCUAGAUAUAAGGAGAAAAACAAAUAAAUGUGUACCAAAAUUAAUGCAAGCACAACCAACAUUUCUAAUAUUGUUAGAGGUGUAAUUUUAGCUUUAAGCAUUUCAUAUGUUUAUCACAUUUUUCUGAGACUUUAAUUUCUUACUACAAAUUACAGAAUUUUGUGCAGAAGUUCACAACACAGCAUAUAGCAUUACUGGUGGAGGUUCUUUGUUUGCAUUUGUCUCCUUUUAGAUAGAUUUAUUCAUUUACUUACUUACAAUAUUUCUGUAGUUCUGUGUGGUUCCCAAUGGUUCACAUAUUAGGUUAUAAAAAACAGGAACAAAAUAAAACUGUUAAAACAAUUGCAUCAGUUAAGAAUAAUCUAUAUCUCUGCAGGGGCUGAUCGGUGACCAUAACAAAUAAUUCUUGAAUUGCAUUGUCUUUACAUCAUUUCCAAAGGACAUCAGCAUGGGCACAAACCAAAAGAGGCACUUCCAGCACUGCAGUGAAGAAGCAUUGAGUCUAACAUCCCUAUACAAGAUGGGAGACAGUGUUUGAUAGCCAAGCUGUGAAGAGCCUUAUAGAUAGAGCCAGCAUUAUGAGUUAUACUCUAAAGCCUACUGGUGUUUUAAAGCUGUUGUAGCUCUUACUCACUAGAAAAGCAGGCCACAAUGUUUUGCUCCAAUUGCAGUUUCCAAAUAGUCUUCAAAGGCAGCACCAGAUAAAGUAGAUUGCAGUAAUCUAUCCUGAAAGUGAUGAGAAUGUGCUUGUUUUUGAUCAAACAGGAUCUCUAUCUUACAAAUGUUCCAUUUCCUUAAAGACAAUGCAAUUCUAAAACUUCACUAUGCAAAUAUUAUACCUAGUUGUAAUCCUACUCUCAGUAGCAUGGCAUGAGCUUUAUAAAAAAGAAACCAGUACUAUUUCUGUGAGAUCUACCACAACCCUACAAGAGAGACUGGGCACAAAGCAAGACAAAAUUUGUUAUUGCUGCCGGUAUUAUGAAGAGGUGGAAAUUGUGAAAUUCUUUCUCUCUUAUCUUAAACUUGAAGGGUGUUUUUUUUUAAAUGAAGAAUUUAAAGCCAUUUAAGGCACUUUUGCUAGGAGCCAUUGCAGAACCAAAUAAAGCAAUGACACAAUUCUUCAUCCAAAGUACAUUCUCUGUAUUGGGUUAACAUUCUUGAUGGUGAAAAGGCUGCUUUUCCUAUGUGUCAGCACCAAGUAUAAGCACAUUACUAAAAUAAGAAAAUCAGUUGUACAUGCAUGCCAUAAUUUUCAUAGCUCAUUCUUUAUACUGCUAUAGAAAAGAUUUAAGGUGUUUUUGUGAAAGUAAUAUAAAUGAGACCUUAGUUAUACCUGUUGAGGAAAUGGGUUACCAAACAGUCACAAAUGCCUCUGUCUCAAUCUCUAAGAUUUAUAUUAAAAACCUGUUAAUGAAUAAUCCUUGUCAAUGGUAGAUUCUUGAGUACUACUAGACAUCCGUUGUUAGCUCAAACUUCUAUUUUUGAAAACGAUUUUUAUCUUUCAUAUUAUUUCACAUACAACUCAAAGCAGCAAACAUACCAAUACUUCCUAUCUUCUCCACAACAAUAAUCUGUGAUGUGAGAUGGACUGAGUGUGUGUGAUUGGCUCCAAGUCAGCCCCCUGGUUUUUCAUGCCCAAGGUGGGACUGAAAGUCAUAGUCUGCUGCUUUCUAGGCUGACAUCUUAGCCACUACACCAAACCUUUUGUUCUUGAAAAACUCAGAUGUAAAGAAAGCCCAUUUAAAAGUAACUUCAGACAGGACAGAAAAUCAAUAUAUUUCAAAGCUUUCUUUGCAGAAAAAUGAUGCGAAUGAAAGAUAAGUCUUAAUGUAUACAUUUAACUAAGGAAGCAUAGUAGUACAGAAGAUAGAAAAACAGGAUGCCUUUCUCUACAAGGCCUUGAUUUGAAGCCCUGAAAUCUCAAAUUUAGCUAUUACAAUGAAGUCCUGUUGUAGACAGACCUGUUUUUUUAUCACCACUUAAAAUCUAAUUAAUCCGUAUUGAAGCACAAAGAUUUCUGUUGUUUUUUUUAGGUGAGGGGUCAUAGAGCUUUCUUUGUUCAUCCUCAGACUUGCAAUCAUCAGGCAUUGGGGAUAUAAUUUUACCAAGCAAAUUGAAAGGUAACAGAUCAAAUCCUUAUCACAAAACCCAACUCAUGGUUAAGCAGAGUCCUUCAUCGUUUGCAAGAAACCUUAUAUUCAGGAAGAACAAAAACAUGUUUCAGAGUUCUUAAAGGGUUAAUAGUUAAAGUUUAUAUUCAGGAGAGCAAAAAGCAACCAUCAUCGGAGCUGCAGCCACUAUAUAAAGUCAAAGUUCCAAAAAAACCUGGCCAAAAGAUUUUCCAGCCAGUCGAUCGCAUCCUUUACAAUGGCUUUAGUGAACCGAACCAUAAUGCAGUUAGCAGGGAUUUUAUUUUGCCUGUUAGGAUGGGUCUUAUCCUGCCUCACAACUUACUUACCUCAGUGGAAAAAUCUCAAUUUAGAAUUGAAUGAAUUGGAGAUCUGGACAAUGGGACUCUGGCAAGCUUGUGUGGUCCAUGAAGAAGGGGGAAUGCAGUGCAAAGAAUUCGAUUCUUUUUUAGCUUUACCCCCUGAGCUCCAAAUUUCUAGGAUUCUGAUGUUCAUAUCCAAUGGAUUAGGACUUUCUGGUCUCUUACUCUCAAGUUUUGGAUUGGAUUGUUUAAAGAUUGGAGAACAACAACAGGAUCUAAAGAAGCGGUUAUUGUUGCUGGGCGGAAUAUUCUGCUGGAUAUCAGGAGCUGCAGCCUUAGUCCCAGUGUCUUGGGUUGCUCAUACCACUGUGCAGGAAUUUUGGGAUGAAACUAUUCCAGACAUCGUUCCGAGGUGGGACUUUGGGGAAGCACUUUUUAUAGGCUGGUUUGCUGGAUUCUGUCUCAUUUUUGGAGGCUCAUUGUUAAAUUGCAGCGUCUGUUCUGUUGAUACUCAAUCGUCCUCAGUCCAUUAUACAGUGGCAGGUGUGCUAGAUGCUUGUCAACACUUGGAAAGCAACAACAGACCUCAAAGUCUAAGAGUCUGAGAGACACUGGAGAGCCUAUUUUUCCUUUCAUGCACUUAAACACAAUGUGCAGAACCUUAUUCCAAUUAAGAUUAAAGGAUGCUUUGUUUCCUGAACUUUUUAUUUCAAGAGUAGUGUUAUCCUUCUUAUUACAAGGCUGAAAAUGCUGGCUUCAUAAGAAGAGUAGAUUAAAAUGACUAUAGAAAACAUCAUCAUAUAUUUUUCUCUACUUCAACUUAAAAUGUACUGUAAAAACAAAAAUAUACAAAGCUCAAAUAAGUCAUAAAAAUAUGAAUCCUCAUAUUACACAAUCAUACCCUGCUAAGUUUGGUACUUGAUUUUCAGAAAAUGAUUGUUUUUGUUUCCCGACUGUCUUAAAAUUCAAAGACUAUUUUCAUUUAAACUUUCUGCUACAAAUUCAAAUAUGCAGCAAAAUCUUUAAAUAAAAGUUCAAUUAGCAAUACUGGUUAAUGGAUUCCAGUUGUACCUACAGACGAGGAUUCAUCUUAAAGCAUGGAAAACACCAAGGUUCCCCCCCCCUUUAUUUGUAUGCUGUUGCCUCUACCUAUUUUUAAGAUAUAAGGGAAUAGCUAACAAAAUAUUUUAAUUAGAUGUAAAAUACUGGUAUUGUAAAGAAUCGGUUCUGUUUUGUUAUGUGUUGAUAUUUGAGUGUU